GGGCAUCUCCAGAGUAUAAGGGUUUGAUGACCCGUUUUCCCGCUCUGCCGGUGAAGUUCUUGUCCGUUGCUUGGCUUGCUGCUGGCUCAUCGAUGACGACGUUCCUUCGGAUCCGGACAACGGAUUGCACAUCCAACGGCCACCAUGGCUAUUGACCACAAGGUCACCGAGGCCAUCGCGGAUGGCCGGGUCCCUAAGGACAUCACUGCUGCUUUCCUGAACGAGACGAAAGACGCUUCGGCCAUCGCUGGCAUCAUCUUCGUGACGGUGCUGACGAGCAUCAUCGUCCUCGGCCGACUGGGCUCGCGAGCCUUCCUGAUUCGACGCUUCGGAGUAGACGACACGCUGACGCUCAUGUCCUGGGUUAUCUACAUUCCCUUCGUAGGUAUCUGUAUUUGGCUCAUCAACCUUGGAUCUGGCCGACAUCUGGCGUACAUCCAGUAUGUCCUGGACAUGGACACGGUCAAGUUGACCGAGGUCCUCGACUUCGCCGCCCACAUCAUCUACACGACAGCGCUCCUCUUCUGCCGAAUCUCCGGACUCGCCUUGUACUACCGACUAUGCAAGCUCCACCAAGGCCUCCUGAUUGCCAUCCGCGUUGUCUUCGGCAUCCUCAUCGCCGGCUUCUUGCCGCAGCUGUUUCUCCUCAUCUUCCACUGCCUCCCCGUCACUGGCCUGUGGCCGUACGCUUGGCAGCCGGGUGUCGACGACUUCACCUGCCUGCAAUGGGGUCUGGUGUACCUCACCAACUCGGGGAUAUCGCUUGUGUGCGACGUCUUGCUGUUUGGCAUCCCUAUCGUGAUGCUCCGAGUGCUGGAAAUGCCCCGCCGAAGGAAGAUUCAGCUUGGGUGCAUCCUACUUCCCGGUAUCUCGGUUAUUGCGAUCUCCAUCACUCGCCUGAUCCUCGUCAUUCAGGGACAGUGGAAGGCCGACCAGUCCUGGUCGUACAACGCCCAGCUCGGCGUCGAAGUUGCAGAAAUCGGAGCUACAUUGAUCGCCCUAUCAGUGCCUGGCGUGAAGCCGUUGGUGGAUAAGUUCAUCUUGCGGAAGGAUCUCAGCAAGGGCAGCACUGGCGACACGAGAUACGGAAAGCAGAGCAAUAAUUCUCGCGGCACGGCGCUCCGAUCGCUCAACCUCCGACCCGAACAUAGCGUGCUUGGAAGCCGGGAUACCUCUGCAGAGGGCCGGGCCAACUUCCGGAGCGCAAACCAGUCCAACGACAACCAGAGCGAAACCAGCGCGGAUGGAAUUUUAGUCAAAGUGGAUUUUCAGAUCAAGGAGGACAGCCAAAGGGAUCAUAGUUCCAGGCACGCUUCGUGAGGAAUAAUAAUGUACGAUUGAUGACGGAUUGGAAAAACAAGACUGGGAUGAACGAGCCAUUGGAUUUU